UUUGUGAUGAGGUCUUCUUACUCGUUUUUUCUACUCCUGCUUGCUUUGGCAAUCGGAUCCUCCAAAGCCGACGAUAAUCCUUGCCAGGAUGUGCGGCUCCCAGGCUUCGUUUGCCUCAACUGCACCACUUUGGGUUAUUGUCUUCGCGAUGCCACUGGAAAAUGGGAAACCGUAAAGAUGUUGGGCUGUGAGUCCGAUCACAGUUUCUUCUGCAGCGACGAGGGAACCUUCGGAUGCACCUGGCAAUCGGAGUGCAGGGUGCCCAAAAGGGGUCCUUUCAACUGCCAGCAGGAGGGAGUAUUCCCAGAUCCUUACGAUUGCCGAAAGUAUCACGAGUGCAGCGAUCAGAGUGUGGAGACCCCGCGUCUCUGUUCCAAUGGAGCUGGUUACUCCACUCUCUCGGAUUCAUGUGUCCUGCCCCGCGAAAGUGAUCAGUGCACCAAGGAGCAGUUCACCUGCGAAAGAUCCGGACAAGUUGGUGGUUGGUUGGCGGACAAUCGGUUCUUCUACGUCUGCGUAAAUGAUUCCACCAACACUGAUCUCUAUCCUUUGAUGAUGAAGUGCCGCGAGGGUUUCGUUUUCAACAGUUACAGUUGUGUUCCUGCAUCUCGUUUUCAGAACAGGGAAUUACUAAUUGAGGAACCGAAGAACUGCUAUAAUAACGACCGAUACGAAUGUCCCUUCCGAAAUUCCGAGCGGGAGUACUGCAAGUGCGUCGAUGGAGAACUGCAGGUUAUUAACUGCACAACUGGUUUCUACGUUGAUCCCAAGAUCCUAACUUGCGUGACUGAUAGAGUCCAUCAGUGCCAGGACUUUGAGGUCCUCAGCUGUCCUGGUAGCAACGCCAAGGAUGAGUACUGCAUUUGCAUCGAUCACCAAUUGCAGAUCUACAACUGUCCAGAGGGACAGUAUUUUAGUGAUGAGAAAUUGGUGUGUGAAAAGUUUUAA